CGGUCAUCGAAAUGAUUAUUCUAAUGCCUGUUAUGUAAGCCUUGGAAGCAAUUGUCCAAAAAUGGUCUUUUCAGUGAUUGGCGUCCUUUUGAUGUCUAUUGCCUGUUGUAUGGAUCAAGUGAUGGCUCAAGAGUUUGUGUGUGGAAGUGUUGACAUCAGGAAUACUGUGGAAAACUUUAAUAAACUGAAGAACUGUACUGUAGUUGAAGGACACGUACAGAUAGUAUUGUUAGACAACGGAACGCCUAAAGAUUAUGAAAACCUGACGUUUCCGGCGCUCAGAGAAAUAACCGAUUAUUUACUGCUGUUCCGGGCCAUGGGUUUACCCUCUUUGGGCAAACUAUUUCCUAAUCUAUCUGUGAUUCGGGGCCGCAAUCUGUUCCACGACUUUGCGCUCGUUGUCUACGAAAUGCUUCAUUUGCAACAAUUAGGCCUCCGAUCCCUCACUCACAUCGUUAGGGGCGCCGUUAGGGUCGAGAAGAACCCUAACCUUUGCUUCGUUGAGACUAUAGAUUGGGACAGAAUAGCAAAAAGUGCCAAAAAUGGUCAUUACAUUCACGGAAACAAAGCCCGAAAGGAGUGUCCGAUCUGUAGUUCCCAGUGUCCCUACAGUAGUGCACGAACUUUGGACGGAAAACCAAUCGGCGAUCAAAGCGGAAGACUUUGUUGGAAUUCUCAGAGCGAUUACUGCCAGAAAUUGGCGUGUAAUCCAGUCUGUGAAGCAAUGAACGUCUCGUGUUCGCGUUCCGGCACCUGUUGUGACAAAAACUGUUUGAGUGGAUGUAGUGAUGACUCCCAACACACAUGUUUUGCGUGUCAGAAGUUUUUCUAUAAGAAUAAAUGUCAGGAAAAUUGUCCAAAAGAUACAUUUGAGUAUUUGGGCCGAAGAUGUAUUAGUGAAGAGGAAUGUUUACAGAUUUCAGCCAAAUAUUACAAUAAGGAUACAUUCUUGAAGCCUAUUAACGGCACCUGUACUGCUGACUGUCCCCCUGGCUUUAGUGAGAACAGUGAAAACAAACAUACCUGCGAUACCUGUCACGGCCCGUGUCCUAAAGUAUGUCCGGCAGCACAGGUGACUAAUAUAGCGUCCGCCCAGAGUCUCAGGGGUUGCACUAAAAUCAAUGGUUCGCUUGAGAUUCAGAUCCAGAGCGGCGGAGGUAUUGAUAGAACCGAUGCAACUAAUGUGAUUCGCGAGUUAGAGGAGAAUUUGCAGCACUUGGAGGAGAUAACGGGUUUCCUGAAGGUAGCAAGGUCAUUCCCACUCAUCACUCUCAACUUUCUCAAGAAGUUACGAGUCAUUCACGGCAACCAAUUGGAGAGAAAUGAGUAUUCUUUUCUGGUUUUGGAUAAUCCAAACCUUCAGGACUUAUGGAGUUUUGAUGACAACAGUAUAAGAGGCAGCGAAAAGCCCUUAACUAUAUUAAAGGGCAAAAUAUUUUUCCAUAUAAACCCUAAAUUAUGUUAUAAUAAGAUCGAGAAAAUGUACAAAACCUACGCCAAUAUAACGCGGCACAGCCCGCCCUGGGAUACUCACGACGUGUCGCCCCAUUCUAACGGUGACAAAGUUGCCUGUGAGGUACAGGAGCUGAACGUUCAGAUUUGGCGCAGGGGUACAGAAAUGGUUGGCAUUCGCUUCCAAAACUUUAGGGACAAGAUGGAUGACCAGCGCUCUCUUCUCGGAUAUCUUAUAUACUAUAAAGAAUCGUAUGAUUUGUUUCCUGUUUGCCUUUCCAUCCAUUUUCACAUACCUUUCCCUUUCCGCAGCCCUUAUAAGAAUAUAAGUAUAUAUGACGGACGGGAUGCCUGUUCGACCAACUUCUGGAAAGUGGACGACUACGAGGCCAGUGAUAACGACGACCCAUAUAUUACUCACAUUAUUCCUCAACUCAAACCAUUCACUCAAUACGCGCUUUACAUUAAGACGUAUACGAUUGCAUCGGAAACAAAGGGCGCUCAGAGUGCUGUCAUUUACUUCAAAACACAAGAAGACACUCCCUCUCAGCCCAGGAAACUCAGCGCUCGUUCAGAGACUCCAUCAGAGAUUAUCAUAGAAUGGGACGAACCGUCGCGUCCUAAUGGAGAAGUGACUCACUAUGUAGUGACCGGAACUCCUAAUUCACGAGAACUUGAUUUUCUAAAUGAGAGGAACUAUUGUACCGAACCCAUAACACACGAUACGCCCAAAAAGAUUGUCGACGAAACGCCGGUCGAUAACAACUGCACUCAACCGCACAACCCAUGGCUUCUCAAGAAUAGAUCCAACUCUGACUCGGAUGAAGAGUGUUGUUCGUGUCGUCCCUCUUCUAUUCCAGACGACGCCGAUGCCGAGCGACGAAUUAGUUUUGAAGACCAUCUCAUUAACACUAUUUAUGUUAAAAAAGAUCUCAAUAUUUUUGACAAAUCACUCGCAAGGAGGAGGAGGAGGAGAGAGAUACCUAAAAGUCGAACAAAUCUUGUGAUGGCAUUGUCAACAGAAAACGUGACGAAUGCCACCACAGAGGAGACCACCACUGCAGCCAACCCUCACUUCCAGCAAAAUGUUACCAUCAAAAAGGUGCGAAUCUCUGAUUUGAAUCACUUCACCGAAUAUACACUGGAAGUGCGCGCGUGUCAGGACAGGAAACCCAAUGAUACCUCGGCUCGCAUUAAGGAGAACUGCAGUCUCAAAGCCAUGACAUCUGUCCGCACUCUACCACUCGACGGCGCCGACGAUAUCGAUGAGUCAACCAUUAGUUUCUAUGAGGAUAAUAAUAACACGGAUUCCGAUUCACGGAUUCACUUGCGAUGGGAACAGCCGAUGGCACCCAACGGUUAUAUUGUCUCAUAUCAUAUCGAAUAUAAGAAAGUGUCGUCCGAAUCGACCUAUACGACUCCCGUUUGUAUUACAAGAGAUCAAUAUCAUCGCCAUUCAGGGUAUAUACUGCAAGACCUUUCAGCCGGCAAUUAUUCACUGAAGUUGAGGGCCCACUCAUUGGCGAGUUGGAGCAACUGGACUAAACCGGUCUAUUUUGUGGUGGCCGACAGGGAACCUCCGUAUCCUCUGCUCAUAUACAUUGCACUCCCGGUGGCAGUAUUGGUCACCUUCUCAUUCGUCAUUCUCACCGGUGUUUUGUAUAUGAAGUACAAGAAAAAUCAAGCGGUUCUCGACUACGUCUCUGUGAACCCCGAAUAUAUCAGUGCCGGACUCGCGGCCGACGAUCUGUCGGUGCCAUUGAAGCCGUUAUCUAAUAACAUAGCCAUUGAUGAGAAUCAGUUGGAAGCCUGUGAUGACAUUCAUUUCUUUCCGUUGAGUCGACCCAUUGGUAUGACUCCUGAGAACGAAGCCAUGACUACGAGUGAGAUGGAGGACGAGAACUACGAUAUCGACACAAUCGAUGAGUAUUCAAACGCCGAGCACUUACUCAGGGAUGUGUCGACCGAUAAUCAAAACAAUAAAAAUCAUAACAAUAUUAACACCAAUAGUAAUACCAAUAGUAAGCAGUCGUCGGACGGCAGUAAAGGCAGCAAAAUAAGUAGUACGACGUCUAAUGGGAGUAUAGCUAAUGGACACGCAGUCCACUACAAGACAACUAUGUGCUAA